AUGUCGGCUGCAAAAUGUGAUCUAUUUCCGGACGAGAAAACCCUGGGAACCAUUUUCUCAGGCGUUGACGUCAAGCCCGCCGACUGCAACAUCAUCUCCCACACGUUCGACACAUGCACAUUCAGCAUCCACCCCGACACCGCCGCUCUCCCCGGUUAUCCAAAGGACCUUCUUGUCCGGCUGGAAGCCUCGUCAGGACGUAUUUUGCACCAGAUAGCGGCCAUUCAGAAGCUCGCGCAAGUUCAAAUACCCGAUCUCGUCCCUCACGUCGUGGUUGUUGGUACCACGACGACCGAGGACGGGAGACGGGUUGAGUACGCCGUGUCGGAGUACUUCACAGGAACCAUUCCACUUAAGGAGGUAUGGGACACUCUUGGUCCAGACGAUCAGAUGCACUUAGUGGAUUCCGUGGCUUCUGCCAUGGAGAAGCUUCAGAUGAUAGACCACGAUAUCCAUGAAGCUGGCACGCAACCCGGCAAUGCGCCAAUCGGCGGCCCGCGGCGCGGAUAUUUCCCUGAAAUCAAGCAUUUCCUAAGAGGAAUCCUCCAAGAAAGCGAACCAAUUUCACGCAACUGUACUCUUCGGGAGGCCGAUGGGGGUGGUGUCAUACUCGAAUCGGCGUUUGCAGACAUCGGCCGGGUCGAGUUGACAAACGCAGACCUCGACGACCUCAAGCGCCACGUCGUCUUCUGCCACAACGACCUCGAGCCACGCAACAUCCUCGUCAGACCGCGCUUAGCAGAGAGGGUGAGCCCACGCUACGAUCUGGCCGCCAUUGUCGACUGGGAGAUGGCGGGCUUUUACCCCUUUGCCUACGAAUACGGGCUCAAAGACAACGUCCUCGGCCUCUCCAAUCUUUCGCUCAGCUGGUAUUCCUUAUUCAAAAAGCGGGCCUCUCGCCUGUUGCCUCAGAACCAGUGCCAUUCAAAGUUGAUACAAGCCCUUCGGGUCAUUAAUCAGUCGAAAAGGAGAAGUAUGACAAGGAACGUCGGCGUCCGGUUCCAGGAGAAGUGGGUGGCGGCUCACAGCAUAGAGCCAUCUCUGGAUAUUCGUCGCGGCUGGGUUCGUAAGCCUGAUAUCAAGGCUCCUGUCAACUUCACAAAAGGAGACAACGAAAAUCUUGAGCUAGAGGUUCUGAGGGAAUUAGGCCAUGUUUGA